AUGGAACCUACCAAUAAUGGUCGUGUAUUUAUGUCAACUCUGAAAAACCUAGAAAUGCACCUACAACUAAGAACAGAUCUUGUCAAGCACAUUGCUGCGCGUCCUGGUACAGGAGGCCAGGCAGCGGACUUGUCUAGUUUGGAGGGUUUAGACAUGGAAUACGUGGUACUUCCAUCAUCAGAUGGAGAUUAUGAUGAUACAGACUUAGAAGAAGAAGUUGUUCCUGGUCAAAACGACGAUGGAGAAUUUGAUUAUUAUGGAGAUUACAAUGAUCAAAUCCCAGAUGACUUUGAACAUGCAGUUGAACAUUUUUAUGGAGACAUACAUGUAGAAGACGAAUAUGAACAUGAUGGAGAUGACGAUGAGGAUGAUGACGAUGACGAUGAGGAGGACGAUGACGAUGAUGAGGACGAUGACGAUGAUGAAGAGGCUGCGUACAAGGAUGUGGGUAUGUAUGAUGAUGAUGAUGUUGAGUCAUAG